UUCCACAUGUCUGCUGAUGUAACGAUAUGCCGGUUGAGGGGAAACUCAGGCUUAUGCAUUGCUAAGGCAGUCCACAUUGGAUACACGAGCCUUCAUUCUUUCUCAAACUCUACAGCAUACGAUUCAACUUUGGAUAAUCAAAGUGUAAUUUAGGUACUUAGCUAGCUAGGCAAAGUGUUAAAACACAGACAGAAUGGGCGAGGAAAUGAACGAUAACACGAUCAACACAAAUGGUGCUGCUAACAACAUGGGGGACGUGAAUCACACAGCAGAACAGACAGCAGACAGCGAUGUGAAAUACUACACCUUGGAAGAAAUAAAAGCUCAUAAUAUGAGCAAGGACACAUGGAUUAUCAUCCACGAUAAAGUGUAUAACGUCACCAGUUUCUUGGAGGAGGUAAAAUCAAAAUACCACCGUUGUUAGCUGACUAGCUAACUUAACACAUUAGCUACGCCUCUACUAGCUAGCUAGAAUAUUGGUCUCAUCUUGGUUUCAAAUUCAUUUCGUAUCCAAAGCCAACCUAAACGUCUAGCUAGAUAGAUAACUAACUAACUAGCUAAGUAACAAUGCACUUAUGUGAAGGUCUGGGUCUUUCUAGCUAGCUACCAUAGCCUAACGUUAGUUAUCCAACGCUCAGUCAACACAGGCUGAAGGUGGCAGCUUGCCAGCAAUACCAUUGGCUAUUUUGGCUAUUGUGUGUUUUGCCAGUUUAACUAGCUAGCUAAUGAUGUGGCUAACUUAACUGUGUAUGCUAUCUGUGUCUACUUAUUGUGUCUACAUAUUCUACUGUGUCUGCAUAUUCCCAAUAAUAUUAACAAAGAUGGUGUAAUGUUGCACCUGGAGAUGCGUUAUUAUGGAAAUUACCUAGCGUAACGUUAGCUAGCUAACGUAACUAACGUUAGUUAGGUAUGCCUAGCUUAAUUUGCCAAAAUAAUUUUGCAACAUUUUGUCACGACCACUCCUAAUUGUGCGCUAGGUAGUUAAUCCUUGCCUGGUCCUCUUACUGUAGCUAUAACUACCACAGUGGGACUUUAGUCCACUUGGCAAAGGUUACAAAACUAGCUAGGGGUUACAAGAGGUCAGUAGCCAAAAGUUGCGCAACGCACCAUUUUUACAUUUACAUUUUAGUCAUUUAGCAGACGCUCUUAUCCAGAGCAUCUCAAGGUAUGAUGUACAAAUAAGUCAAAAUACAAUGCCAAUGGCAAAGCAUGACCGCAGAUGAAAGUAGCCUGGGUACCAGUCUGUUUAGCUAUCAUUCCACUCCAUGUUAAUGCUAAAAAAAAAUUGCCAAUGGCACAGAGUACAAGGAGUGGAAUGUUAGCAAAACAUGUUCUGGAUUUCAGGCUAAGAUUAAAGGGGUUAGUUACAAGUAUGACCUAUUUAAUGUGUUAUAUUAUCAAGGCUGUAUUUGUGAAGUAAAACCACACUGUAAGAUUUGUUUAACUUCAAAGAGUGAGCCUGCCAACAAAAAAGUAAACAUUGGAGCUUUAACCAUUAUGAUGAAGCAAUCUAUCCCUAUAAUAUGUAAAUGCAUAAUCAUUUCAGGAUAUCAGAGAAUUAAGAGUUCAGAGCUUUAUUUAACACAUUUAUCAUAUUUACAUUUAGGUCGACAUAAGCCAGCCAUCCAUACCAUGUAGGACAUCAUAUGCUAUAAUUGUGUAGUCUGUGAUUACAUUCCAACUAUUGGUAGUGACAGAUCAUGAUUAAGUCUACCACUUGUUUCUGUGUUUCCAGCAUCCAGGAGGAGAGGAGGUUCUGGUGGAGCAGGCAGGUGCAGAUGCCACAGAGAGCUUUGAGGAUGUUGGGCACUCUACAGAUGCCAGAGAGAUGCUCAUCCAGUACUACGUUGGGGAGCUCCAUAUGGUACAGAGAUUGCUUUCUCUCAACUGUUGAACUCUCAGUUAUUGCAAAUUUGUUUGUUUGUUCACAAGUGUCUUUGAAACAUAGUUUUCAAUUUAAUAAUGGAACAAAAACAUUAUCUGUGGCAUGAUUUAUUCUGAUUGUAAAAGUGUGUAAAUGAUUCCCUGUCUUUUAGGAUGACAGGAAGAAGGAUGGCGCAAAGGUAAAGUAUAUUUUCACACAAUAUUCAAGUAAAUGUUCUGUAAAAAUGUUUUAUAAUAAUGUAACACCUAUUUUACUAAUGCUAACCCUUGAACUUUGUUUUAUCAACAACAACAACAAUUAUCCCACAGGAAGCAUUCAUUACAACUUCAGGAGAUGGCUCCAGGUCAGUCAUAAGCGAUAAGAAUUUGAUUAUUAGGAGAUGGCUCCUAAUCAUUCUUCACUGAGCUGUUUUUGUUCCCUGGCUGAAUGUCUAAGUGCUCUUUCCUUCUUUCUCUAGCUCGUGGACCACAUGGUUGAUACCUGCCGUAGCUGCAGUUGUUGUGGGUAUCAUGUAUCGAUACUACAUGCUGGAGCACAAGUCUUCCUGAGUCCUGACGCUAUCGUCUCUUCUCAUUCGUUCUGUCUGGAGGCCUUGACAUGUUUGACCAAACCCCCCUUGCAUUGAACGCACACAACUUUUCAGAGGUGCGCCCCGCGUCCCACUCAACUCACACAGUGCCCUCACCUUGAAGGAAAGGGAGGGAAAGGAUAAAAGAAUCCCUCUGCUUACUUUUCUAGACCUCAUCCAACAGGCAGUGGGGUGAGAUGCAUCGGGAAACUUUCUGCCCUCAGUCUCUUUAAAUCGUUUUCUAAUCUAUUCAUAUUGUUUACUCACUCUGCCUUUUGUGAUACUUAUUGUGUGGUGUCUUUUUAAGUUACUUAUUCACAUGCAAGUGAUCUAAACUGUCAUUUAUAUCUGCAAACUGUUGUCGCUAUCUGCUUUGUGAGACUUUUACUGUGAGCUCCAAAAGUAUUGGGACAGU